GUUACUAUGAGUCGCAGAAUGGCGCGUGCUACUCUAGUAACGAAACUGCAAAAGCAGCAGUGAAUGAUAGCCGGCAGGCCAGUGCCUUGCCUUGCCAGGAAGUGAACGUUGCAGCUGGCAGUGCCACCUGUUCAAAUCGCUGGCAGCUGGAAAACAUUGGGAUCUUUUACUUGAACGUUCGUCUCGACACUGGUCGUUUUGAACGUUUAUCCAUGCCGAAUGCCGUGGUGGGCAAUUCGAGAGAAAGGAGAGAUCUUAUAUGAAUUAUGGACUGGCUGAGGUGGAAAAACAGAUCCAUCUCCCUUCAUCAUGUGCAUUAUAUUUGUCUAUGCCCUCGUAUUCACAGAGAUUUCUCUGGUUUACGCAUCACCAUCGCAGGGUCCAUUUCGAACUGUGUCCAACAAUCACCAGUUUUACAAUGUCCAGGCUCAUCGCGGAGGAAGAGGAAAUGUUGUCGAGAGCACUCUACCGAGCUUUGCAUGGGGCCUCAUCGACGGCGCCACCACACUCGAACUAAACAACGGCAUUACUACCAAUCUAUCACGUAUCAAAGUUUUGACUGGCGAACCCUGGUAUCCAUGAAGACAUUGGAUGAUAAACUUAUAACUUCUGCUCUUAUCGAUGAGGACACUGCUUUUACGCCGCGUGGCUCAACCUCCCCGUGGCUGGCUGGCUUACGCCUUGAAUCAUUUCCCGGACCAUCACUGUCCGAGCAGAUAGCACAAGCCCCCCAUGCUAUACAAGCGGAUAUUUUAUCUCCCACUGGAACAUUCCUCAUUUUCUCUUCGUCCCAUGAGGGAUCCUCUCACUUCACAACUCCAGAAAUGAUUAGCGAAGCUCACAGGUUCGGCAUGAAAGUUGUACCUUGGACUGUGAAUGGCUUGGACUGUGCCGAAGAGCUCUUCAAGGAUGGUGCAGAUGGAAUUAUUACGGAUUACCCAAACGUUGUUAGGCGGUGGGCCAAACAACAAGGACUUCGGGUGGCGCCUAAAUAUCCCAGACAACGUGUCUUCUCCUGCUUAUACCAGCACAUGCGCUAGUGUUCUUGAUGCGAUGCACCGAAGAAUAGAUUUUCUCCAUUCGUGUAACAUAGCGAUAUCACAUUCUCAGUAUAUGAUUACCAGGCAGCUUAGAUUUCAUCGGCCACAAACUGAAAAACCAUACAAAUCAGGACAUUACUAGCAUGUAAAUAAGACACGUACCAUCUACGUUCUAUUACACUCGAGACUUGUUAAAAUUUG